UAGACUUCACUACCGUUGCAGAGUAUAAUAAAUAACAACAUAUAAAUGCAUGUUAAAUAUUUAUAAUUACUUACAGACUUAAACUUUUUUCAUCAUGGCUUGCGUUGAUGACCUCCCAGAAGAAAUUCUGGAGUAUAUAUUGUGUCUCAUAUCACCUUAUAAUGAUUUAAGAAAUUGUAGACAGGUGUGUCAGCGAUGGUAUACAUGUUGUCAAGGAGUUGUUGAAAAAAGGAAGUCUCGUUUCUUCUCUGCGCUUCGAGCUGGCUGUGUGGAAUGGUUUAGCCCAGUGUACCCAAGUCACAUCAUUCCCAUCAGCAGGAGAUACUCACACUCAGCAUGUGUGCAUGAAUCCUCCAUGUAUGUUUUUGGUGGAUGUACAUCAACGAAUACUACCUUCAAUGACUUAUGGCGGUUUGACUUGGGGUUACAUGAAUGGACUCGUCUGUUGACAACUGGCACUUAUCCUUCUCCAAAGGCCUAUGCUUCUAUGGUAACAUGGAACAAUUGUCUAGUGUUAUUUGGGGGUUGGACACACCCUUCCCUCUACCCACUACACCAGCAGUGGGUCUUGUUUAGUGAACUUCAUGUUUAUGAUAUUUUGGGUAAUCGUUGGACCCAGCUGUACUAUCCUGGAUCACCACCACCAACAGCUGGUCACUCUGCAUCUGUACAUGGUAGUGUGAUGGUUGUGUUUGGGGGCUUGCAGAAACAAGAGGGAACAUCUGCAAGUACUAAUGAUGUAUUUUGCUUGGACCUUGUAAGACAGUGUUGGUUUAAACCAGUUGUAUCUGAUCCCAUGCCAAAGCCUAGAUACGGUCAUUCACAAAUUAAGUUAAAUGAAAAGCACAUUCUCAUAUUAGCAGGAUGUGGAGGUUCUAAUAAACUGUACAAUGAUAUUUGGCUUCUAACAUUACCAGACAAUAUAUAUGAUCCAAGUGCUAAGUGGCAGUGGGAACAAAUUUCAGUAGAAGAGUCAGAGUUUAUGCCUUCACAGAUGUGGUACAAUCCUGCUUGUAAAGUUGGGAAUAGCAUAGUUGUAUUAUCAACCUGUGGAUCAAACAGCAACUAUGCAGGUGGCAAUAUGUCACAGCUUCUAGUACCAGGUUCAGUAAGGAGACAACCUGCCAAUGUAUGGGUUCCUCCAGCACAGCAGCCAGAAGUCCAGCCACAUGAGCAUCCUCCUCCAGAUCGCCAUCAGUUGGAACCAAAUGUGAAUGGUCAGCGUGGUUUUCUUAGGCCUGGUUUAAGGGCUGUAGACCAGGCAGAAUCAAGCAGUGAUGAGAGUGAUGAUAUCAAUCCACAAGGGGCUCCAGGUGGGCCAGGAGUACCAGGAAGAGGAAGGCCACGACCUUCCAUAAGGCCCAAUGCAUCCAGUGACAGAGAACGCCGUCUUCAAGUCUUGUCAAGGAUGAAGGAAAGACUUCGUGAAUUGUCGAGGCACCAGCAGGGGGAACAAAGUGCAGCAGCACCCGUGAAACCAGUUCCUGCUAGAAGUACAGUAAUUCCUCAUAUGUUGGACAUAGGUCAUGUUAUUACUACCAAGAGAGCAAAAUGGUGGCCAGUCAACCAAGGUGGAAUCCUCUCAACAAGCUCAGGCACACCACCUCAGCCAUCUCUCCUGUAUUCUCUAGUUCUUGGUCGAGGUCACCUUGUCAUGUUUGGUGGCAUUCCACAUGACCCCACUGGAGGACAGGGUCAGGAGACAGUUUCCAACUCUGUAAUAUUUGUGUCUGCUCCUUCCAGUUCUUUUAUUACUGCAUAAUUAGCUUUGACUAAAUGCUAAGUUCAAAUUCUUUGCUCUCUCAGAUGUUUAAAGCAGUUUGUUGCUUUAUGAUGGGUUUCAAAUAUUUCUUUAAAAAAGAAAGAGGUUACUUCUGUUGAUACUCCUUUAUCUUUACCAUAUUGACUGGUCUAUAAGAUACAUUUUUUGAAAAAGGAAAUACAUACCUACACCUAAGAUACCUGUUUAGUGAUUAAAGACCAAGUAACAAUAUUGUAUUAUUACACUAAUUUCAC